AUGGCUACAAUUACUGUUUCUUCAAGAGAUUAUAAGUUCUAUUCACCCCGACACAAGUUCAGACGCUCUCCGCAGCCAGCAUUUGGCAUCCCUGUGACAAGUGCUUUGCCAGAGGACGAAAACUCUCCAUUGGUUUGUUCUUCAGGAUUCCGUCCACCAAACAAGAUACAAAAUCAGCAUGAUCAUUGGUUGCAGGGCAAAUCGAUUGCCAAGGUGGCUCCUAAUCUUAUCCUACUUGUUCCUCGCCGCACCAUCAAUCAGAGAACUGUGUGUCAAACUCUGCAAAACGGGCGGUGGAUUGGAGAUAUCAUCGGUGCAUUUUCUGUUAGUGUCCUUGAUGAGUAUCUUCGGUUAUGGGAUCUUUUGGCACACAUCAUUCUACAACAUGGGGCUCAGGAUCAACACUCAUGGAGGCUCACAAAAUCUGGUCUUUACUCUAGCAAAUCGGCUUGCAAUGCUUACUUUGUUGGCUCCACCAGAUUUGCACCUUGGAAGCACAUUUGGAAGUCCUGGGCGCCGCUGCGAUGCAAGUUCUUUGUUUGGCUUGCAGUCCUUAAUCAUUGUUGGACUGAGGAUCGACUGGCGAGAAGGGGAUUACCACAUCCGAGUGUCUGCCCUCUUUGUGAUCAAGCUGAAGAAACCAUACAACACCUUUUAAUUUCAUGUGUAUUUGCUCGGCAGGUGUGGUUCAUCGUUUUCCAAAAGUUUGGACUGCACAAUUUAGUCCCCCAACCGGAUACAUCUCCCUUGUCUGGCUGGUGGUACAGGGUGAUCAAAGGGGUCGAUAAACAGUCCAGAAAAGACCUAAAUACCUUUAUAAUCCUCAUCAUGUGGGAGUUGUGGAAGCAUCGUAAUGAUCGCAUCUUCAACAAUGUCUUACCAUCCUUGAAUCUGAUGGUCAGGGAUGUGCAGAUGAAGGACUAUCUGGUGCGCUGCCGGGGCCAAGGGCCUUAGAUCUUUGGUCAUGGGACUUAUCUAGGGACUUGUCUAGGUCUCCCUCCCGGGUUUGUUGUUUUGGCUUGUGGUCGCCUUUUCCCUGUUUGUGGCGCUUUUGUUUUGGUCUACUGUGUGUUUGUGUGUGGUGUGAGUGCGUAUUGUUUCGGUUAUUUUUCAUUUGUAACUCCUUUUUUCCUUCUUCAAUGAAAUGACACGUAGCUCUCUUGCCCGUUCGAGAAAAAAAAAAAUACAAAAUCAGCAUGAGUCAACAUCGAAGAGACAUAUUGAACAGCUAGAAAAUCAACCUUAUUUACACCUUUUCUAUCAAGCAGAGGAGGAUACCAUUCAGCAAGUUAACAUAGUACCCAGUUUCCUCCCAUUCAUCAAUGUACGAGCGCUCCACAUCUAUCAGAUAAUCCCCAACACCAGCAGCAGUCUUAUUUAUCUCAGCAUGUAUUCUUGCUUGCAAGCUGGACAAGGUCAUCUUGGAGGACGCACGCAUCUUCCAACCAGCCCUGCGAAGUUCUGUGAUGAAUGUGGUUCCCCAUAUUUAAGGGCAACAUCAAAAUUCUGCUCAGAGUGUGGCACCAAGAGGCUAGGCAUUUGAUGUGACUGUCUUCAUCAACGUGUAUAUAUCUGACGUUGUAGUAUUCUACUCUAUGUUUGAUAAAAAAAAAUAGUGUAUGUUUCGAGUGUUGUAGAAGCCUAUCUUUCAGAUGACUCAAGAAACACUAAUCAUCAUUAAUCAAAUUCAUUGCUCUAGCAUCUGUAGAUUUAAAAUCUUUCCUUGAGGUCAAGGCCAUGU